CAAAGCGUUUCAGUCGUUUCAGAGUGCACGACUUGCCGACUAUACCGCUCACUGUUUGUUUGUCGUCCUCCGGCUCUUAUUGUUUUUACAGUUUUCUCUUUGUUUUUAAUACUUUCGACUAUUUUAGAAAUUGUCCCCACCCAUCGUCCUUCACGUGGACUUGGCUAAGACCAUUAGUCUUGUCGCCUAUUCCGAUUUUGAUGAAUGUUACGAGAUCGAUCUACGGUUUCGUUUCGUAACAAAGUGUCAUCAUCAUAGGUCAUCGCUAUGGCCGAACGUCUAGAAGAUUUAAAUCUACCCGUGACGGCGAUCACUCGUAUCGCCAAAGAAGUAUUACCGGCCAACAUCAUUGUGUCGAAAGAAGCCAAGACCGCGUUGGCCAGAGCAGCAUCCGUUUUCAUAUUGUACGUGAGCAAUCAAGCUACUGCGAUCGCAACCAGCAGGAACAAGAAGACCAUCAGUGCCCAAGAUGUACUGGAAGCGUUGUCUCAGGUCGACUUUGAAUGUCUGAUUGAACCAUUACAGCAACUGUUGGAAGACUUCAAGUCGACAAAACAACAAAAGAAAGAUACCAAAAAGCCAACGCCAAACAAAAACACAGAUGAUUCCGAUGUGAUUGAUUUGGUUGAUGAUGAUCUAGAAUUAUGAUAAUUAUUAUUAAGUUUUUUUUUAAAUUUAUUAUUUUUAUUAUAAAAUAAUGCAAUUUCUAGUACAA